AUGGGCAGCCAGAAGGAUACUCGACCAAACUUCCUUGUCAUAGUCGCCGACGACCUUGGCUUCAGUGACCUUGGCUGCUAUGGCUCUGAGAUAGCUACCCCUCACAUCGAUUCGCUGGCCUCCCAGCAAGGGUCUCUGCGCUUCACACAGUAUCACGUUGCUGCAGCUUGCAGUCCAACUCGUUCGAUGCUCAUGACAGGAACAGACCAUCACAUUGCUGGGCUUGGACAAUUAUACGAACUUGUUCGCAGCUCACCUGCUCACAAGGGACAACCAGGCCACGAGGGCUACCUGAACGAAAGGGUAGUUGCGCUUCCAGAGCUGUUAUCUGAUGGAGGCUACUUCACUGUUAUGAGUGGCAAAUGGCAUCUGGGCUUGCAAAAGCAGCAUCUACCCAUUAAGCGCGGCUUCAAGAAGAGCUUGGCGCUGCUACCAGGAUGUGCAAAUCAUUACGCCUAUGAGCCAGAAUACCAGGAUCCCACCACAGAGCCGGGGCGAUUUUUCGAGACGGCAACACGAGCUUUACAUGCAGAAGAUGAUCGUUACAUGAGCGAGAAAGAGCUUGGUGAAGAUUGGUAUUCAUCAGACGGUUAUGCAGGUCGGAUGAUUUCGUACUUGAAAAACCGCACCGAGGAGGAGCGCCAACAACCUUUCUUUGCCUAUCUUCCCUUCAGCGCACCUCACUGGCCUCUACAAGCGCCCAAAGAGACGUGUGACAAGUACAAGGGCCAAUACGCAGACGGGCCGGAAGUACUACGUCAGAAACGCCUUGAGCGGCUCAAGUCUCUCGGUCUUGUUGGUCAAGAUGCAGUGGCCCAUCCUGUUGUCACGACUGGGGCCGAGGUGAAGAACUGGGAGUCUUUGGACGAAGAAACACGCGCCGCCUCUGCCAGGGCUAUGGAGGUGUACGCGGGAAUGGUGGAUCGGAUGGAUUGGAACAUUGGCCGCGUCCUUGAUCAUUUGCGCAAGACGGGCGAGUAUGACAACACUUUCAUCUUGUUCAUGAGCGACAAUGGUGCUGAAGGGGCUAGCUACGAAGCUACCCCCUUAGUUGGCAAUAGCGUCAUGGCCCAUGUAAAUAAAUAUUAUGAUAACAGUCUGGACAAUAUUGGCCGGGGCAAUUCGUUUGUCUGGUAUGGCCCUCUGUGGGCGCAGGCCGCAACCGCGCCAUCGAGAUUGUACAAGAUGUUUUCUACCGAAGGAGGCUGCAGGGUGCCCCUGGUAGUGAAGCCUCAUGCGGGGAUCAACAACCACCGCGGCAGCGAUGAUGGGGGUGUCAUCACUGAUGCGUUCUGCACGGUCAUGGAUAUUGUGCCAACUGUGUUGGACUUUGCUGGGCUGAAACACCCAGGCACAGAGUACAACGGUCGCAAGAUUGCAUCGCUGCGUGGCCAGAGCUGGAGAACUUAUUUAGAGUCUGUCAGUCGCUGGAGCCGCAAGUCGCCGAUUCACGAAACCGACUAUGUAGCAGGCUUUGAGAUUGCUGGAUCUGGAGCUCUGCGUCGCGGUGACUGGAAGAUAACAUAUGUACCAGCGCCCAAGGGUCCCCAGAGGUGGGAACUAUUCAACCUCGUGUCGGACCCUGGCGAGACAAACGAUUUAAGCGAAAAGGAGCCAGAAAGACUCAAGGAGAUGCUCGCAUUGUGGGAAGAAUAUAGAAAAGACGUUGGCGUUGUUGGCCUUGCUGGUGAGUACCCAAAGGCUAUCCAGGGCGCUCAGCAAACAACUCUGCAGGAUGAGAUGGAAGAUCCGUAUGCAUGGAUCAAGUAUAUUGGAAGACCAGAAAUAACGCCACAAGAGUUGGCAGAAAUUGUUCCCGCUGUAUAA